AUGUACGAACAUCCAAUCAAAAGAGCAGGAUUAAGCUUUUCCAGAAUUCUCUACUCAAACACCAAAGCCGUCCAAGCUGGAUUCCCACCAGUAUUAUACAACAAGUUCAACUUCAACUACACUGAGAAACUAUUCUCCAAUGGUCUAAUGACUUCUAAGAAGGAUGUGACUUCCAAAGACCUCGAUGAGAUCUUCCCAGCUCGUGAGGAAACAUUAGAAUAAUUUUUAAGUAACUGAAAGUUCCAGCCCAACUAUCUUCAUUGGC